AUGACAGUUGACCAGUAUCAGUCGACUCUCGCUACUUGGCUACUUGAAACUCCGAAGCUUCUACUUCGUCUCCUCCUGGCGAGACCACGCCAACCUCAGAGGGUCGAGAUUCUUCGCGGUCUGCACGGUAUUGUCCGUCCUGGCGAGCUACUCCUCGUACUUGGCAGGCCAGGUAGUGGAUGCUCAACGUUCCUCAAGGCACUGGCCGGGGACACAUACGGAUUCCAUGUUGAUGAUGACGGGAUCAACUAUGAAGGUACUACUUAUCAUAAAAUGCAGCGCGAACAAAGCGGCAAUCGCAUAUACAUCGCAGAGCUUGACGUGCACUUCCCCGAACUUACUCUCGGUCAAACUAUCGCGUUUGCCGUAAGCACUAGACCGACCGGUCUGGAUCACAAGUAUCCUGGAACUGCAACGUCAUUAGAUGGCCCAAGUCGAGAUAUAUGUUCAUUCUUCAACCUGGAGCAGGCGUUUGACACGAAAGUCGGCAAUACCAUGAUUCGUGGAAUCAGCGGAGGCGAGAAACGACGGGCUAGUCUGGCUGAAGCUUUCGUCGGCGGAGCACAGUUCCAGUGUUGGGAUAAUAGCACUAGAGGAUUAGAUAGUUCUACUGCCCUCAGCUUCAUCCAACUUCUUCGGAAGUCGGCUGAUAAGCUUCGCUUGGUCAUCAUGAUGAGUAUAUAUCAAGUAUCUGAGGCUCAGUAUAAUCACUUCGAUAAAGUCAUGCUUCUAUAUGAAGGGCGUCAAAUAUAUUUCGGCUCGACUAAAGAAGCGACUGGCUACUUCCAAGAUCUUGGUUUUGUGAGACUAAGCCAUUCAACCACGGCGGACUUUCUAACAUCACUCACAAACCCAUCCGAACGCGUUGUUCAACAGGGCUAUGAAAACCGAGUGCCCAGAACCCCUGAUGACUUCGCGCUCGCCUGGAGACAAAGUAAGCAAGCCAGGGAGGUACUACAAAAAGUCCAAGACUUUGAGACAGCCACCUUGCAUCCAAAGGGUCCGAAAACCAACAGCAACCCCACCCCAGCUCUUGAGACAAUGAUGCCAGUUCAUCUACAAAUGCUUACCUGCCUCAGAAGAGGUUUCCAACGACUGCGUAAUAAUUACGAUGUCGUAGUCGCCAGUAUUGUCGCCAAUUCGAUUCUUGCACUGAUUCUGAGCAGUGCCUUCUACAACUUGCCCCACACAGCCGACAGCAUGGACAAGCGUGCCGUGCUGCUUUUCUUCUCGCUCAUUGUCAAUGCAUGUACCCCAGCAUUUGAGGAUAUUACCAAAGUGCAAGAUGAAAAGGCUCAUGAGAACCCCGAUAAAGAGGUUACAGGCAUAUCCAUCCAGGCGGUUCCUAAACAGUCUGCUGUAUUCCACUGGAAAAACCUCAGCUAUGAUGUCAAGACCGAAAGAGGCACGAAACGCGUUUUAAAUAACAUAAAUGGCUGGGUAAAACCUGGAACUAUGACGGCGCUUAUGGGCGUAAGCGGUGCCGGGAAGACUACGCUCCUUGACGUCCUUGCCAACCGUGCCAGCUCCGGAACAGCCAGUGGUGAUGUUUUUAUCGGUAACAGCCCGCGAGAUUCCAGCUUUCAGCGGAGAGUCGGCUAUGUACAGCAGGAAGACGUGCACCCCCCAAUGGCGACUGUGCGUGAGACUUUGCAGCUCAGCGCGCUUCUGCGCCAGUCUGGUACCGAAACCGAGCAGGAGAAGUCAGCAUAUGUCGAUAUGAUUCUGGGUAUGCUAGAUAUGGAAUCCUGUGCUGAUGCUAUGGUUGGGAUUCCAGGCCAAGGACUCAACAUUGAACAACGCAAACGUCUAAGCAUUGGCGUAGAAUUGGUGGCCAAACCGGAAUUACUUCUCUUUUUAGACGAGCCUACUUCCGGCCUCGACAGCCAGACCGCUUGGUCGAUCUGCACACUCCUACGAAAGCUAGCAGACCACGGUCAGGCGAUUCUGUGUACAAUUCACCAGCCUUCGUCCCAGAUCUUCCAAAUGUUCGACCGUCUACUGCUUUUAAGCCGAAAUGGACAGACACUGUAUUUCGGAGACAUUGGACCGCAAGCCACCACCGUAAUCGACUAUUUUGAGCAAAAUAACGCACCAAAGUACCAAACAACAUUGGCUAAUCCAGCUGAAUGGAUGCUGGAUGUUACUAGUAUUCCUAGCGACGUUAGCGAAUGGAGUGCUAAAUACAAUAACAGUACACAGCAUAAGGAGAUGCUGAUACAUCAGGCUGAGCUACUCCAAACCAACUACGAAACGACGACAGAAGGCGUCUCUGAAGCUCAAAAAGGAAAAAGUGAGUAUGCCGUAUCUUACACUGGCCAGUUACGCCUUGUUACCACGCAUGUGUUCCGCGAGUACUGGAGGGAUCCGACAUACAUGUAUUCCAAAUUUGCCUUAUGCGCAGGACUCGUACGUAUUUUUCCACAUCAGGUUUCCCUUCUUAAUUUCUUCAUGCAUAUGAAUUAA